GCGCCGGGGCGGUCGGCGGGCGGGCAGGGGAAGGCAGGGCAGGCAGGGCAGGGAAGGAGGGCAGCAGGCGGCGGCGGCGCCGCGCUCGCCCCGCUGCCCUGGAUGACGGGCGGCCGGUUCGACUUCGACGAUGGCGGCACCUACUGCGGCGGCUGGGAGGACGGGAAAGCCCACGGGCACGGCAUCUGCACCGGCCCCAAGGGGCAGGGCGAGUACGCCGGCUCCUGGUCGCACGGCUUCGAGGUGGCGGGCGGCUACACCUGGCCCAGCGGCAACACCUACCUGGGCUACUGGGCGCAGGGCAAGCGCCACGGGCUGGGCGUGGAGACGAAGGGCAGGUGGAUGUACCGCGGCGAGUGGUCCCACGGCUUCAAGGGGCGCUACGGGGUGCGGCAGAGCCUCAGCACGCCGGCCCGCUACGAGGGCACCUGGAGCAACGGGCUGCAGGACGGAUACGGCGUCGAGACCUACGGGGACGGAGGUACAUACCAGGGGCAAUGGACAGGAGGGAUGCGACAUGGAUAUGGUGUACGUCAGAGUGUACCCUAUGGCAUGGCAACAGUGAUCCGUUCACCUCUGCGAACAUCCCUAGCUUCACUUCGAAGUGAGCAGAGCAAUGGCACUGUUCUGCAUGACAUCACUUCAGACAGCCCGGCUGGAACAAGAGGAGGUUUUGUGCUCAAUUUUCACAGUGAUCCAGAAGCCAUGGGCAUUAAGAAAAAAGGAGGCUUAUUCAGAAGAGGAUCCCUUCUUGGUAGUAUAAAACUUAGAAAAUCUGAAUCUAGGUCAUCGAUAUCUAGCAAACGGAGCUCUGUUAGGAGUGAUGCUGCUAUGAGCAGAAUUAGUUCUAGUGAUGCCAACUCUACAAUUAGUUUUGGAGACGGUGACUGUGAUUAUUACCCAAUGGAAGACCAUGUUGAUGCCACCACUACAGAAGCCUAUAUGGGUGAAUGGAAGAAUGACAAGCGCAGUGGUUUUGGUAUUAGUGAGCGCUCAAAUGGUAUGAAAUAUGAAGGAGAAUGGCUAAAUAACAGGAGGCAUGGAUAUGGAUGUACCAUGUUUCCAGAUGGCACCAAAGAAGAGGGAAAAUAUAAAAAUAAUGUUUUGGUCCGUGGGAUAAGGAAGCAACUUAUACCAAUACGAAACACAAAAACUAGAGAAAAGGUGGAUAGAGCAAUAGAGGGUGCACAAAGAGCAGCUGCCAUGGCAAGAACCAAAGUGGAAAUUGCAAGUUCAAGAACUGCACAUGCAAGAGCUAAAGCUGAUGCUGCAGAUCAGGCUGCUCAGGCUGCUCGCCAGGAAUGUGAUAUUGCAAGAGCAGUUGCCAGAGAACUUUCACCAAAUUUCUACCAACCAGGCCCUGAUUAUAUCAAACAAAAGUUUCAAGAAGGAGUGGAGGUGAAAGAAAAAUCUGAAGAAAAAGUUCAGGAAAACCCAGCUACCCCAAAAGAGUCACCACACUUUUAUCGAAAAGGUACUACACCCCCUCGAACCCCAGAAGCAAGUCCAAGGCAUAGCCCUCCUCUUUCUUCUGAACCUUCUCCUUCAAAACAACUGAAAAAGCAAAGCUCCGCUUCUGGGGCAAGACUCAAUCAAGACAAAAAGCUUUUAGCCACUGAGAAUAUAACACCCACAAUUAACAAGCCUUUAUAUUCAAAAGCACCAAUGAAAGAGGAAGUAGCUGUGAAAAACCAGCCGAAGUUUUCAGCCCAUCACAAUCCCAUCAGCACAGAAAAUGGGGAGCUACAUGGUCACUACCAUGGCUAUUAUGUAAAAAUGAAUCCAACAGUGCUUCCACAGGAGCUCAGGGAAGAAGAUGAGUAUGUCAACCCAUCACCGUCGACACUUGCACGGAUACCACCCUCACAGAAGCCAAGUCCUGCUAGAUCUGGGGGUAAGCCAGAUGCCAAAGAAAACAAACCUGACACAAAAAUUAAGAAACCAGAAUUUGCUGCACCAAAGAACCCUGCUAAUAACGAGUCACAUUCAACAUUGGAAAAAGAAGUAGAAAACAGCUCGGGCCCUAACUCAGUCAUGAUCGCCCUCGUAAUGCUGUUGAAUAUUGGUUUAGCCAUUCUUUUUGUCCAUUUUCUAACUUGAUUGGAAUUAGGAAAGGUAAGAAAGGUCUUGUUUUCAUAUAAAAUCACCAUAUCCACCCCACCUCAAAUGAUAAAGAUUUAAUUUCUUUGCAUACUUUUAAUGUUCCCUACUUCAAUUUUAGCUAUGCCUGAAUGUGAUUCAACAUAGUUAUUUAAUAAUGUAACUGUUUUGACCCUUCAGUGAAGUCAUGACAACUAGUGGUGUUAGCCCACAGUUCUCUGCAGUUGUGUCAUCAGCCUUUUAAAUGGCACCUGUCAGACACAGGGAAGGAGGCUUGGAAUUAGGAUGGGACGCAAGAGAGAUGAAACUUGGAAAAUUCAGCCAGGGCCCCAGAUCAGUUUCUCUGCUGAUGGCUCGUGGCUUUGGGGUCCUCUGAAAGCUGAAGCAAGCAGCCAUGUUGGAAAACAAACAAAAUAAUCUGCUGAAGCAGCCCUGCCAGUGAAGUGAGUUGGCUUCUCCAUCUGUUCCAGCAGAGUGUGACUAAACUGGAAAUGUACGGAGCUGCACUUUUUGUUGAUGGAAGCUAACAGCUGCCUUACUAUUUUACCGUCUGAUGUUUUUAGUGGGGAGAUGGGAAAACGACUGCCAGAGGAAUGUGGUCAGAGGAUUCUGUUGCUGUGGAAGUGAUUCCAGCGUUCACUCCUAUCUCGUUAGAAGAAAUAGUUAGCAGCAUCAGUCACCAGUCUUAUUCCAUUACCUGCUGCUUUUAACAUCUCCUGCAGUGCUCUGGGAGAUUGAAUUUCAUUUGCCUGUGCAUGAUUCUGUUCAUUCGUUGUUUAUGAAAUUUGAUGUAUAGCCAUAACAUAGUGUCUAGUCCAACCUGGAGAAAGCUACCAGUUCUGCCAAGCAGCAGAAGCAAAAAAUGAAAUCUCUUUUUCUAAUCCAGAGAUAAAAAUCUUAAAUCAAUUUUUCUAAACCUGAAGAGCCCUUUUGCUCUAAGGUUUAGUAAGAAAUAUACCCUGACUGCAAAAUUUAAAGAUGUUAGUAUCUUCCUAAAAGUGUUCAAAUGCUUACGCCAAUAGCAAGCAAAAUUUUUCAUAAUAAAAGAAUAAGAAUCUUAAGUUGAUAUCAGAGUAUUCUAAGCAGGAUCUGAAAUAUCAGAAUAAGCCAAGAAAGGCAAGAUACAGGUUUUGCAUGUUGACUUUUUUUUUUUUUUUAAUUUGGUGCUGUGGUAAUUGGUGAUUUGAAUUAUUAUGUUUCAACACUGAGGUAUUUUGCCAGCAGUUAAAAUAAAGUUUUGUCUGAGUGCACAUUGAUGCCAAUGACAGUUAAGCUAGCUAAUGCUCAUAAUAAAUUAUUGUAAUUUUAAAAUACUAGCUUUGUGUUGAAUACAUUCAGGUAAAGCGUUUAGAAACGUUAAGUGAUUGUUUAUCAAUUUGAUGCCUUCAGUGUCUUUAAAGUCCAUUUAUAAUUUUACCUCAGCAUUAAAAAAGCCUCAACAUUUUUCAUUUGGAAAGUUUGUCUUAAGUAGUUCCACAGCCCUUUGUUCAAAUGAUGUGAUCAUGUUUCUUUUUAUGUGCCAUUAUACUGGAAUUACUGUACCCUAUAUUAAUCAAAAGCAUGCUUGUUUACUGAAAAUAUGUGGUGUGGUCAUUUGGCAAGUAAAUAUUUUAAUUUAAAGCUACAAAAAGCAAAGGGCUUGUAUUAUGGUUUAUUUUAUCUUUAUUAGAAAAUCUUUCAUACAAUAUAGUUUUUGAACCUGUUUGUAAACUUUCUAAGUGUUUGCAUGGUUUAAUGGGCAACAUUCUUGCAAAGUACAUUAGCUAUUUUUUGAUGCAGCAUAUUAAAGUAACGUAAGUAUGGACUGAAUAUUGUGCAGCGAAGUAACUCCGAGCAGGGCAGUAACACCAUGGUGUUUUUUACAGAAGUAUGUUGAGAAUCCUGUGUUUUGACCAGUGUGGAUAAAGAAGAAAGCAGAAAGAGAGCAAAUGAAAAUAAAAAUGUAUAUUUAUUUUUUAAAAAAAGUUAAAAUUGUGUUUUAAAUUUAGGAAAGUAAUUUCUAAAUAAGAACAAAAUUCUAAAAGUUAUUGUGUAAGCCUUGACAUAAUGGACAAAAUGUUCCAUCCAACAGUGAAAUCACCCCCUGUCUCCUUACAUGGAGAGGUAAUUUUGUAACUGAAGUAUUUAAUUCCUCUUAAAUGUUUAUUUAAAAUACUUUAUGCUCUGGAAAUAAUGGGUAACAAAGCUUAUGAAAAUGUUUAUAAAUUUAAGUAAGCAUGUUAGUGCCAUUUAUAAAUAUGUACAAUUUAUAAGCUUUUUUAAAACAAAGCUCAGACAAAUUGUUGGUAUUUUUCUAAAAUGUGCACAGCUGUAUUUUACAUGAAAAGCUAUUUAUAAUUGGUUGUUAUACUGUACACUACAUUUUGGACAGCACAAUGAAGCCUGCCAAUGUACUUAAUAAUGUCAUUUUGUCUAUUUGAAGUUUCUUGCUGUCAAAGAAUGAACUCUUUAUCUAUGAGUUUCUCUAUUUAUAAUUCUUGACCCAAAAUGUACAAUGUACAGUUUUCACAACUGUAUUUGCUCUAAUAAAAAUAAGUUGGUUAUUAAUGGA